AUGUUACAACUCCAUCCAUUGCCAGCAGCAACUACUCCAGAGCCUCGCCAUUCAUCCAGUCACUGCAGCCAGCACUUGGACUCAGAUGCAUACAAUGACACUGAACAGCAGGACAGUUGCAAGUGCGAACUGAAGCAUUUUACUCAUCCGUUUUACUGGUGGUCUCUCCGUCUUAUUCCCAACUAUAUAACAGUUUUAAUCCUUCUAGGCAUUUGGUAUGCUCUCAAAAACCUUCAUCCUAUUCAGCCAUCAACUACACCCGACCCAUCGACCAAUCCGGAAGUUCAAUAUCCGAUUUAUUCCAAAGAAGACAUUAUCAAUGAUCAACUCUUGGUUUUCAUUGCUUAUGGUUUGCCUGUAUUGGCACAUGCAAUCCUAUCAGCCCUUGCUGUGGUUGUAUAUACCCGGUUUCAAAAAACUCGUCCGCUUUCAACCAUGGCCGCCCUAGGAAUCUACACCCAUACGGUGCAUACAUAUGCUUUAGCUUUAGGUGUGAGUGUGUUGAUGACGUCUGUUGUAACAGAUUGUUUAAAAGUUUGGGUAGGUAGACUACGACCCGAUUUUGCUGCUAGGUGCCAAUGGUCUGCUGCUAUUGAAGAUUGCACAGGAAAUGCAAGAAUGGUUGCAAAGGGAAGACGAUCGUUUCCAUCUGGACACUCUUCAAAUGCAUUUUCAGGAAUGACAUUUCUUGCCUUGUGGGUUGCAUACAUGUCUGGACUCAUCUUUCAUUCAUCUGCUAAAAGGUUCAACAAACACAUUUCAUGGGAGUAUGUCCACAUUACAUCGUUGUGGAUUGGAAAGUACCUUGGUAUAGCAUCGAGUAUUAUUCCAUUUGCUCCCAUGUUGUUGGCGACAUAUGUAGCUACGAGUAGGAUCGAGCAACAUGUUCAUCAUCCCACCGAUGUCAUUACCGGUGGAGUAAUUGGAAUGGUUGUCGCAUGGUGGACAUUUAAACAACUGGUAGCUAAAGCUUAA